GCAAUAAGAAAAGCAGGAGACACAAGACAAGUGUUCUACUGCAUCAUACCAGCUACAUUAAUUCCUUAAAAUUAUUUAAAGGAAUUAAGUAAAGAAUUUAAGGAAAUAAAAAAAAGUCCUGAAUGUACUGUAAUGUAAUUACUUUAAACAAAUAAUAUUUUUAGCUAAAACAUACAAACAAAUGCACAUAGUGGUAAUAGAUUUCUUAACCAAGCAUAACCAAGAAAAACCAAUGUAUAUUCAUCAUGGAUUCUUGUUCCAAUUAUUCACCAGUAAAUAUAAAUGCAGCUCUUCACACCCAGACAUAUAUAGUUUACAUAGAUUACUAGGAGUCACACAAAUUCCCAAAUGCAGAAAGUCUCUGGGUUUCAGAUGACAAUUGCCCUGAUCCAGGAAAACCCGACACUGCUGGUGCAGCCUAUUAACAAUACCAGAGGGGUGGGGUUGACAAAUGCAGAGUCAUAGGAAACGCAAUUCUGCCGAUCUAUCAUGGAUGUGUGAGAGAGUGACAUAGACACAUAUUCAAAGUCACAGUCAGUGUGGGACAGUGACGCACGUUACUCUUGUUGUUAGGGGUCAAACGAACUCUCAUCACCCUGUCACUGUUAACUGAUGUGUAUUCCAGCAGUUGUGGAGCUGGUGGACCCCUCAUGUUUCUUUCUGGAGCUGUCCUCCCUGUUGCCUCUCUCAAAACUGCAAUGCAGAAGAGACUCUGGACCCCAAAUAACACAGCCUAACAACCUGAACCCACAUUUACAGCUCAGAGAGAGGGAGAAGGAGGGAGGAAAGGAGCAGAGAAGGGGUGUGAGAGGAAGGAAGGGAGGGACAGGCAGUCAGCCAAGGUGGGGAAAAGUUGAGUGUGAGCCAGAUUUUUCAGAGAGAGAGAAAGAAAGGAGGGGGGGGGGGGGGGGCUGCUUUUGAACAGACUAGCUGCAGUUGUCCCCAGACCUCCAGUGCUUCAAUGCUCUUCACUUCUGUUUUACCGGCUGGAUUGUGUGUGUCCCUCAAAAGGUGCACCGAUGAGAGUGUGUGUGUGUGUGUGUGUGUGUGUAAGAGGGUGUUCGUGCGUGGCUGAGAAGUAUUGGGACCAAAGCACUGCGGAUUUGUGUGCAGCAUAUUCUGUGGACUGAUGCCCUCUGCUUCUCCAAACAGGACACACAGAUUUACCUGCUUAACAGAGGUUAGAGGGUAACCGAACAACCAAAAAACGAAGUCAGAUGGAAUUCUAGCAACUUCAUUUUCCCAGCUAAGCAGAUCCUUGUGCUUCCAGAUCUCCUGAGAACUGGACAGGCCUUUAACAAGAGGAAUCUUAUCUUUGAUGUUAGGAACUGCAAGCUCAGAUUGAUCUAGUGUGCAAUUCUGAGAAGUGUACAGGAGCCUUUGCCACCCAGGCAGCAUCUUGAGGAACAAAGAGUUCUGGGAAACUGACAAAACUGGACGUGAACUGCUGAGGAAGGCAGGUGCACGUGACAAAAAGAAGGGAGAAGAAAGUGAAGUGCAGGAUGAAGACACAGAGCAGAGGUCGUCUGAGAGGAGUGCCCUCAGAAAGAACUGUGUCCUCUCUUUUGCUCACACUCAUCAUUGGCAUGUGUUGUGUUCAUGCUCUGGAGAUGUCUACUGGUAAGAUUCCAUUUCUGGAAGCAGUGAACGGCAGCACAGUCCUUCUGCCCUGCACCUAUGCCAGCUGUAUUGGGAUCACUAACCUCUAUUUCAAAUGGGAGUUCAAUGAAAAUGGCACCAUGCAGAAGUUGGCUGAUUCUGUAAUUCCAACGGAUCAUGUGGAGCCAAAUAAAGUGAACAUUUACCGUGAGAGGGUGGAGUAUGUUGGCUCCAGUAAAGGAAAUAACAUCUCUAUCCUGCUUUGGAAUGUAACAUUUGGGGAUGCAGGCGUCUACACCUGCUUUGGCAAAAACCCCAAAGAGAAGGGCAAGAAUCACAGCGCCAUUUUCACUCUAUAUGUAGUAGACGAACUAAGGGUGGUUGAUAACACACUCACCAUCAUCAUUGCUUCCUGUGUUGGUGGAUUCAUCGCUUUGUUAAUGGCCUUCAUGCUGAUAAAGAACUUCACUCUGUUCGUUCUCGCAAAGAUUGAGGAAAAAAAUAAGGAGUGCCUUGUCACCUCCUCAGGGAUUGAUAACACAGAGAACGGUCUGUCUGGCUCCAAAUCUACACCAAAGAAAGCAUGACAGCGUGCAACCAAACAGUGUCAAACAUGCACAUGAAAACAUGGAUCAGCCAUCAAGCUGUGCCCUCUCUGUUAAUUUACAUCCGUGUUUACAAAUGCUAUACAUUUUUAUUUUUUAUAGAGAGCAAUGAUAGUAUUAAACAAAUGUGAAAGAUUUGAAUUCAUAACCUUUCCAAGGAUGAUGUUCACAUGACUUAGUUUUGGUUGAUGCAUAAACACGGAUAUGAAUAAAAAGAGGGGGGCAUAAGGUAUUUCUGCAUAUAUUACAUUUAUAUAUGCGUUUAAAUAUGCACCACACAUGCAGCCUCAUGCACUUUAGUUUCCUGGCCCACACCGAAUCUGUGGGCUGUACUUAUUCUAAUGAUAGAAAAAUUAAAUAUUUUCUUCAACAAUGCUUGAGACAGGGAUAAAUGUAGCUAUGCUAUUCAUUUAGUUCAUUGAACUGGACUGCAAAACUGUGAAGAGCCUUUGCCCUCACAUGUACAGUAGGUGUCUGACUAAAAUAAUUGUGAAAGCAGUACAGGUUUCUUGUGUAAAAAAAAAAAAAAAAAAAAAAAUGCAGUCCUGUUUGUCAAAUGGUCAUUGACUGAAAAAAUAUACAGUAUAUUGUAAAAAGAUCACUUAUGCAACAGGGGAAUGUUUUUAGAGGGACACUAGUGAUUUGUAUUGUUUCACUCAUAGAGACAGACUCUCAUAGCUGGUUAAUCUAACUGCAUGUUUUAAUGCAGUACCUCAAACAAAAUAAAUAAAUAAAUUCAGCAGAACUCUGAUUGUAAUAAGCAUGAAGAGAGAAUUAGGCUUUAUUUUAACUUGUCUUGAGUCCAGUUCAAAAUAAACCUCAUUACGUUUUUUGCUUGAAAAUUAAACACAGGUGCCUGUUAAUGCUUCUGUCGCCACCUUUUGGCGAGGAUGACUGAAUCAAUGCAGUACAUUACAAUGCAAAAAAAAAAAAAAGAAAAAUAUAGAAUAGAAUAAUGCUGCAAAAUAGCAAAAGCCACCAAACAGUUAGUAAAUACAAGCUAAUGAAUGAUACUUGACAAUCUGUAGAAAUCAUUAUACUCUUAGAGAAAACCCUGAAUGAAACACUGAAAAUGCUGCUUCAAAUAAUUUCCAAUGCAUUAUAGCAUGUUAAAUGGCAGAAGUUUUAGGGGUACAUGGCUGACUAUAACAGUAGAAACAUUGUAUGUAAUGCUUUUUUAUAUACUGAAAGAAAAUUGUCACAUACUGAACACAAUUAGAAUCAGCUUUUAAACUAAAAAUAGCUUGGUGAAUUUCCAUGCUAUUUAAAAUAUGAAACCAAAAAGGAAAAAUAAUAAUAUAUAUAUAUAAAACCUUUCGAUGCAAACAUACUUUGACCUGAAAACCAUGCAACUCACCCUAUAUGACAUAAUGAAAAUGCAAUAUUUAAAGGCAAUAAACUCAUACUGUCAUGCAAAACAAUUAACUAAAUGAUAACAGUAUAUAUCAUGUAAAUAUAGAUUUAAUAAUUGAGA